GCUGCUGCAGGCGGGGGUUGCUGCGGUAGCGCAGGAGAGAGAUCGAGAGAGGACGAGGGGUGCCACAUCGAAGGGGACAGAGAGGAGAGGGCUAGCCGUGAGCACAAGAAAACAAAGGGGGUUAACCAAACCACAGCGUCGUGUGUUUGUGGGAAGUGGGAUGCCACAGCAACCACUGCCGAAAAUCCUGUGACAAGCAAAGGGACUGGCAGGUUGUUUGUGUUGCACGAGAAGACGUAAUCUUUCGGCGUAUUUGUUUAUUUGUGUUGUAGAAUCUUUUGUUGUGUUGCUUUGUCGAAACGUAGUCGUUCUCUAGAACGACGUCCGUCAGUCGGAAGGUGAGGAUGAACGUCAUCAAGGAAGCGUACGCGAGACACCCGGGGUUGUUUCAGAGCGUUGUGGGCUACGGUGUCUUCGCCUCUGGCGAUGUAAUGGCUCAGCGGCUGGCCGAUCCUGACCUGGAGUGGGAUCACCGGCGUUCGUUAUCGAUCGGUCUCCUCGGCGUUGUGCAGAACGGCUUCUUGCUGAGGGUAUGGUACCGCACCCUCGACAAGUUCGUCACGCCCCAGACCGAUCUCAAGAGCGUGCUGAAGAAGAUUGCGUACGACGAGGCUGUGUUUGCCCCGCAGCUUGCUUGCUCCUACCUCGCGACGUCGGCAUACAUCCAGAGCCCGGGAAAUUGGGAAGCUGUCGGCGAAAAUAUCAAGGGCAAGGCAUUCACGACCUGGCAGGACGACCUCAAGCUGUGGCCGAUGGCCAACCUCAUCGGCUUCUCGUUGGUGCCGCGGUCGAUCCGUCCCCUCUACGCGAGCAGCGUGCAGCUGGUCUGGCAGUGCUACCUGAGCACGGCGGGCUUCGCAGCACCGUCCGAUGGAGGCAAGGUUCCGAUUGUUGCCGCUGCCGUUUAGGCCGAGUUCGCCUCGCCUAUGUAGCUAACUGCCGAGGCGAUUACCGAUACACGCGACAAGAACGGAAUCCGCAUGCAAAUUUUGCACACGUCGGCUUGCCACAUGUGUUGGCGGGCUGCCAGUGUUUGAGCCAGGGACGUUAGGGUCGGGCUACCCGUACUCCUACCCAUGACCCCGUCGUCGUGUUGUUACUAUCCGCGAUGUGCUGGGAAUGUCGCCGUGCACGACGUCUGUUUUCGAAGGCGACCGCCGCUUGAGAAUCGCCCGGAGACGAUCUGUGAUUGUGGGUACGAACAUGGGCAUGUAUCUGCUACCAUGAUCUUGGAGGAUUCCUUCACAGGAAUGGCGUUAUUAUUGUCGCAAGCUUGGGUUUGAUGAACACUCAGUUUUGGGGAGGUCGAGCGUCGGCUGAUUUCAUUUAGAGCCCCAUUUUUCGGUCUCUUACGUCCACUCUUGCCACUGCUAGCUGUUGGUUUUGGAUUUAUUAUUCUAGUGGCAAAAAAAAAGCUGGUGAUUCACGCACAUUGUCCGCUUGAUGGAGUUCGUUGUCCACCGUUCGUGGUUUCAUUCAGAUUUUGUGACGUUUUCAAUGCAAUGAUUUUGAUGAGCGAAUCUUGAAUUUUUUAUGACGUUGUGCUUCUUUGCGUGAUUGUGUGCUCGACGACGCCACACGUUCUUUUGUUGCGUUUGGGUACACAAUUUGUGAAACACGUUUCGGCAAUGAAUGCAUAUUCAGCCGUUUUCCAGUCAAAAACCACAUGGUGUCGGUGACGGAAGUGUCGGAUAUAUCGGUGUAUGCAGCAUGAAUUGAUGGGGAAUGAUGCGGAUUGGGGAAGAGAGGGAACUGAAGUUUCGACCGUGGGUGCGCUUCCUGUGCUGGCCUGUUCUGCUGUCAAUAUGAGAGGAUGGUUCGCUUCUUUUGAAAGCACGCAGUAUGCCUCAGUCAGUUGAAGACUUGUGGCCGGGUCUGUGUAAAUGUAGUACAUGCGUGAUUCAUUGGUUCUUUUGCGUGUCCCUGUUGUUCCUUGUAGUGGGAAAGAAGGUGACAGGGAGGAUGCCUUUCUCCACCCGACACCUGGUUGUGAGUGUACAACAUGUCCUUCAUAGCGGCGCAGCAGAGUGUGUUGCCGUCGGCUGAUGGUAGCAACUCAUCACAUAGGGUAGUCCCACACCAUAUCCCUCUUGUGCUUCAAGGUUUUUGAGUCGACGAUUUUCGGGCGGUGAACUUCUGUUACGUUUGUUUCGAACAGAAACUUCCCUUGGUCUCGUUUUAUAUCGGCGUGCUUGUCACGGGUCGUAUAUGUUUCCAAGUACCGGUUGGGCGCGAUGUAAAUGACCAAGGGAUUCCCGUGUACUGUAUGUCGUGGGGGGUAGCGAGGAUGAGUGAGGAUGGCCGUCGGCGCUUUUGUACAUGUAUUGACGACGCGGGUGGGGGUUGGGAUGGCAGGCGAGGUGAGUCUGCCUUUUGUCUUGAGGCACUAAAGCGCUUUCAGCGAAUGACUGUGAAAAAUGUACAAUUCAUUGGAUUUUGUGUUCAUCUCCGUCCUCUCUCAGACGACAAACGGUCGACCAAGUCGAUUGCGUACAUGUCUCGCGCACCUGCUGGGGAAUCAGGUCGAUGCGGUUCGGCCUGGCGGAAAUCUAUGGCCAAGUCUUGCUUAGGGUCGGUGGUUGCUGUUGAGACGUCCAAUGACAUAGUCCAUAAACCAAAUACUUCGACCGUGGGAGGUCGAUGGGUGUCGUAAGAGUUGUUGAUGAUGCUGAUGCGAAAGAAAGCUUUGAAUGAGUUGAGGGUCGAAUGAUCUUUGGGUUUGGUGGGGCAAUAUACAAGAGAAAUGUUGGUGUGUAUGUGGUGAAGACCAACACCUUCUGCCGUGUAAGUAUCGCGAUUGGAGUCUGCUAGCCUGCGGUUAUUAUUUCCCGAGGACUAAGUUUCGCGAAUGUUUUAGUCUAGUGGAGAAAAACAGUUUUGGAGGAAAGAGGGAGAGGCGCCGGGUGGGGAGUUUCACCCUCCUCACCGGAAGAAAGUGCGUCUUGGGAGUAUUUACGGGGUUGACUUGGAGGGGAUGAGGCUUUCAGCAGUGAUAACAUAUAUCCGUGUACGUUCACAUGAGAAAACUACCCUUUCAAGUCGUCUUUUCAAGACGUGAGGGAUAACGAGAAGGCGGUCAUAUCCUUCUCACGCUACUGCUGUGACGUGAUGAUGUGAGCAAGGCUGCUUAGCAGGGUGUGGGCAAGGUCGGGGGCAUUCAGGUCGCAGAAAUAGCUUUUCGGGAGGGGCUUCUCACCCAACUAAACAUACUUCAUCUCUAUCCAC